AGGUUGCUCAGUUCUUUGCGAGCGUUCGUCGUGAUCACUUCUUACACGGCGGCUAUUUAAAGUCAACUAAAACUACGCAAGCGUGAUAAGAACGAGAAUACAUAUACUUUUGUUUUUUGUUCAUUGUAUAUUAAAAAAUAUUAUAGAUAUUACCGGAAAAGCAAAAGUUGCAAUAUGUCGAAAGGCGUUGAACUGAAAAAUCCCAACUUGAAGAACAUGUCUUCGGAUUAUUUAUACCAUCUGACCAUCAAUGUAGCCAAUACUGUUGAUACCAGCGAUAUUCAGCAACAAUUUGGCGAUGUGAAGGUGGUUUGCAUGGGCGGUACCUCAUCGCGUAUGCGUGAUCUGGCUUUAUAUCUGCGAAAUGUGCUCGGCAAUUCGGACACCAGCGAACCAAUUGAUCUGGCCGAGGCAGGUCAUCGCUAUGCACUCUUUAAAGAAGGUCCAAUACUGCUUGCCAGCCAUGGUGUUGGCUCCUCCACUGCCUCCGUGGUGCUUCACGAGCUGUUGAAGCUGCUGAAGUAUGCCAAGUGCCAGGAUCCCGUCAUCAUACGCAUCGGCACUUGCGGUGGCGUUGGCGUUGCUCCAGGCACCGUAGUGGUCACUAAGAAUGCCUUCAACGGUUACUUGCGCAAUGAACACGAGAUCCCUAUUCUCGGCAAGCGUGUUGUGCGACCAGCUUAUUUCCCCGAGCAAGUUAUCCAAGACAUUCUCAACCAUGGCAACCGCAUCGAAGAUGGCUUUGAUACCAUUAUAGCCAACACCAUGUCCACAGACUGUUUCUAUGAAGGUCAAGGCCGCAUCGAUGGCGCUGUUUGUGAAUACGAUGAUGCGGCCAAGUUAGAGUUCCUCAAGGAGUGUCAUAAGCUGGGCAUACGCAACAUUGAAAUGGAGGCCACAAUGUUAUCCUCGCUGACGCUACAAGCUGGUGUCAAGGCAGCUGAUAUUUGUGUGACAAUCGUCAAUCGUUUGAACGGUGAUCAGGUGGAAAUCACACCCGAAACCAAAAAAGCCUUCGAGCAGCGACCUUUUCUAAUUGUAGGCAGAUAUAUUCAGGGAUUGCUUGGCAAGUAAAAGAAUAAUGAGGAGACUAACGGAUCCUUUUUUAAAGAGAUUACCAAUCAUAUGGCAUUUAUAAUCAUUAGAACAUUUUAUUUGAAUAAUAGGAAAAGAAAAUUUACAAAACAGAUUGGAUCACAAAAAAAUUUGGAUAUAAAAAAUAACAAUUUAAAGAACAAAUUUAAG